AUGUCACUAUUUCGUACACCAACUUCUCAAGCAGCUACUCGAAAUUUAGUCGAAUUUAAAGCUGGUAAAAUGAAUCUACGUGGUAACAUGGUUUAUCCGGAUAAACGAAAAGGUCUUUUUUAUUUACAUCAGGGUAAUGAUAUGCUGAUACAUUUAUGUUGGAAAGAACGAACAAGUAAUAGACCAGAAGAUGAUCUUACUAUAUUUCCCGAUGAAAUUGAAUUUAAAAAAGUCACGCAAAAUACUACAGGACGUGUCUAUGUACUUAAAUGGAAAAGUAAUGCUAAAAAAUUCUUUAUUUGGAUGCAAGAACCAAAAGAAGAUAAAGAUGAUGAAUAUUGUAAAAAAAUAAAUGAUCUUGUAAAUAAUCCACCAACACCUAGUUUUGGUGAUAGUAACAGUGAUGCUCAUCAAUUACAACCACUUAUGGAGCGUAUGUUGAGUGGUGGUGCAGGUGGCCUUGAUCCAAAUGAUUUAUCAAAUGUUCUUCGUGGUAUGAAUCCAAAUGAUUUUCAAUCAUUACUUUCUUCACUUGGUAAUAGUGGAGCUGCUGGUUUGAUGCCACGUAAUCGACGUGGUGGAGAAUCUAGCAGUACGUCAGCUCAACAAGGAACACCAUCAUCUCGUACAAAUACAUCUGCUGCGCAGACUAGUGAUUCUCGUCCAAAUACAACAUCAACUAGAACACGUAAUGCAGCAGCAACACCUACAUCAACUAAUAAUGCUACUGUUAGUUCACCAUCCGCUACGGUCCCUACAAACUCAACAGCAUCCACUGGAAACAAAAGUGGUGCUAUUCAAAUAAAUACUUUGAGAAAUGCUAUGGCUAACUUGAAAAAUGAUACAACUCAAGCGACAGAAACAACUGCAGCGUCGGUAAAAUCCUCUAUACCAAAUGAAAAUUUAAUUCCAUUAUUAAGUAAUAAAGAUGUACAAAACAAAAUACGUACUCGUUUACCAGACGGUCAUAAUAUACCAAGUACAGAAAAAGAAUUGAGAGACUCAAUUCAAUUACCACAAUUUCAACCAAUUCUCGAUGCAUUUAAUCAUACUCUUCAAUCAGGUGAAUUAACAUCUGUUCUUUCUCAAUUUGAUUUUCCAGAUGAAGUAACAAAUGCAGCUAAUCAACGUGAUUUACAAGCUUUUCUACAAGCAUUAGAUAAACAUUAUAGGAAAUCUUCGGACAAUACUAUGGAUACAAAUUAA